CAGAAUCUUUGGGAAGGUUCCACCAGGAUUUCUAGAUAGAGUCCACCUGAAUAUGUGGAGAGAUUCCAAUAGAAUCUCAGGAGCGAUCUCUUUAGAAUCUCUGGAGGGAUUCCAGUAGAAUCUUUUUAGAGAUUCCAGAAAAACCUUUGAAGAUAUUUUAGUAAAAUAUCAAGAUAGAUUCCCGUAGAAUCUCGGAAGAGAUAGCAGCAGUACCUCUGAUGAGAUUCCAGUAGAACCUAUGGAAAGAUUCCAAUCUUUCGGAAUCUGUGGAAAUAUUCCAGUAGAAUCUCUGGAGAGAUUCCGCAUUCUCUGAGUCACUGGAAUUCCAGUUGAAUUUCUGAAGCGAUAAGUAGAAACUUCUGAGAGAUUCCAGACGAAGCUUUGGAAAGAUUGCGGAAGAAUCUUUUGAGAGAUUCCUGCAGAAGUUCUGGAGAGAUUCUGGUAGAAUCUGAAAUGUGGUUUUGAACAAAUGAAUGUAUGUCAUGCAGCCAUUUUAUCGAUCUAGGUAGUUGUAAUUUCUUCGAAAAAUUCUUUAUUACAGAGAUUGAUCCCAUGUUACAGUUGCCAUGCGAUUGUGGAUGUGAUUUGUUGAUUUAAUCUGAUGCUUACAUAUCCGGAAUUUAUGAAUUAACUGUUCGUGAGCAAGUUAGGUGUUCUGGUCUGUCCACCCAUUAUUAAUCUGCAAGUGCUCGUGACAACACGUAAUGCUGAGGCUUCCGAACUUUGUUUUCCUAUUUCCAUUAGCAUUCCUGAUCGGUGGCAGCCAUUCCCAUGGCAUUAUUGACGUAACUUUCCAACAUGUCGAGCAAACCGUCGGUUACGACCUGGUCAGAUCGGGCCUCCGGGUUACCAAGUUCAACCGAACGUGUGCCAUUAUCAACGGCACCAUGGACUUUUUCGUUGACCUGGACAAUCGCUUCACGUUCCAGGUGAAGAGCGCCUUCAGCCGGCUGGGGAACAGCCAGUUCAACGAGUACCCGUUCAAGAUCGCCGAGAAUCCGUACUGCUGGACGUUGAACAAUACCUUCCGGGAGUAUCAGCACCUGUUCGAGCAGACCACAAACUUUCCGCGAGCCGGUGGACAUUGGGUAUGCCCAGUGCCGGCCGGGCAGUAUUGGAUCAAACACUUUGUGUUCAAGCCGGAAACCUUGCCGCAGAUGAUUCCGGAAGGGUACUGGCAUCUGACGCUGCUGCUGAUCAGGAAGGACGGUCGGCAGGCGGAUUUGCAGGUUUUCAUGAAGGUUUCCAAGGAUACGUACUGGUAAGGUAGCGGCGUGGAGA